CAUGCGUCCAGCCUCUUCGCGAUUUGGUACAACCCCUUUUAGCAAUCUCGGGGCACUUACAGCGGCACAAUGGCUGGGUAAAGAGAGUUCCAAACCAAUUGGGGCAGCAGAGGAGAAAGAGCAACCUCCUGAAGGUGAAGGGUAAAUGGAUGUACAUCUGCCACGACGCGAAUGUGGGGCUGAAAUAUUUCUUGAAACUAUACGAUUAGUGAUGAUCAUAUGAAUUAUGAUUAACACAUUUUAUGCAAGUUUGGAUGAAAAACCAUUGUGAACAGGUAUUGAUUCGAAGCAUUUCAGGCAAGCAGCCAAAUAAACUUUGGGAUGCAACUCAACUAAAAUUAGCAGUAUGCUGAGUCUCCUUGUCUCACUUCGCUCAGAUGCAUCCAAAACUGCAAGACCAAGACCGCAGUAACUCAGCCAUUGUCUCUGAUGGCCGUGUGCUUGAACUGCAAAGACAGUGACGUUGUGACAUACUCGUGGAAGCUGAAUAAUUAUAAAUACAAUAAUUUAGACACGCUCACAGACACAGGUGUUCAUUCUAUGGUCCUGGAAGUGAAGAGUAAUGCAUUGCUAAGUGGAUUUUCCCUUAUUGUCCAAGUCGAAGUCACCAUCUCGGGAAGGUCUUCAACUGCCGUGUUUCAAUUGACAACGAACUUCCCCCCUUACCAAGGCACAUGUAAGAUGGAACAUCUAGAAGGCAUCGCCAGCAUGACACUCUUUACGAUCAUAUGCGAUGGCUGGCUGGAUGAGGGCGAUGCGCUCCUCCAGAAUAGCGUGGUAGAUCAGGAUCUGGGAUUCUUCUACCAGGUGUCCACGUUAGUAAGGCAGCGUGAACGUAUUGUGCACACGAGCUGGAUUAAAGAGAUGCGGAAUUUACUCCUUCCGGUCGGCGAUCCACUCAACGAUUACUCUCUCCUGCUGAGCGUCUACGUCUGUGACAUCUACACAGACUGUUCCAUCUGGAAAUCCCCCAUGAAGGUCCACCCGCCGGAUGUGAGUGGGUUCGAGAACUUAGCCAGCAACAUCGCACCGCCCGACGGAAUGUUAUGGAUGUCAAUUGCAUUCAACAACAGUAAGAUAGCCAUAGAAGCGAUGCAGAUCUAUGCCACACUAUUGCCGGCGCAGAACGACACGUCCACACAGCAGGUGAGUCAUUUUCAUUGGCCUCUGGGAGGACACCGCUCCGUCUAGUGGAGGUUCUUCUGCACUCCAAUAUUCACAAGGGAUCUCUGCUUUUAAAGUGAAUAAUUUAUGGAUUUGAUAUUCCUCAAAAAUACUUCUGUAACCAUCAACCCCAUCAGGUCAUCAACAGGCUGAUGCAUAUAUCUGCUUCAUGAAUGGAAAAUGACAGACAGGCCAUAGGAGUGCGAU